AUGGCAGCUGUGCGCCUGAAGGCUCCAGGAGAGACUGAAGACAAAGAUAUCCGCCCCUCCUUCCCCUCCUUCCGCUUCACACAGCAAGAAGCAGUAGUCUCCAAGCCUGGAAGAGGGCCCUCACCAGAAACUGCGCCUACGGGCGCCUUGAUCUCAGACUUCUCGGUGGCCACGUCCGUGUCCCUGGGGCUGCGUGAAGGUGCUCGCCUGUCCCUACCUCCCCCGGAUGUUUAUGGCAAGGGCGAGAGUGGGGACCGGCCGAGAACGGCCUGGACAUGGGGGCCCACCCCUCAUCUUCCACCCCGGGCAGCAGCAGCCCGAGCCCGGCUACGGCUCCCUGGGCAGCGCCUUUGUUUUCCCGACUCCAAUUACGUUUGCGGAAGCCCCUUCCCGGAGCCCCUUUCCCGACAGCAGGUGUGCGCGGCGGAGGGGGCGGCCGGGGUGGGGCGAGCGGGCCCCUGCCCCGUGCCGGUGCCGACUCACCUGCGGUGGCGGCGGCGCUCAGCUGCGCGGGGCGCGGGGAGCCCUCUCCCCGGAGCGCAGGGCUGCGGCUCGGGGCGCCGGGGCGGCGGCUGUCGGGGCGGCGCGCACCAUCUCGGGCGGGUCGCCGGCUGGUCGGGGACUGCGGCGGGCGGGGCGGGGCGCGGCGGCGGGAAGCGGCCGUGUGGGGGGGCGGCGAGCUGCGGCCGGGGGCACCGCCGGCGAGACCCUCUCGCUUGUUGGUCCUCCUCCUCGGGCUGGGACCUCGCCUCGCGGCCGCGGGUCACUACCGGCUGGACCCGUUUCGGGCUGAGCGCCGAGGACCGGCCGCCAGGUGCAGCGCUCCGCCUCCUGCGGCGGUGGCGGCGGCGGAUGCGUCGGCUGCCCGCUCCCGGCCCCCCGCCCUCUCCGGCGGCCCCGAGGGACCCCUGGACCCGGCCCUGCUGGGGAAGCGCGCUGCGAAGGCGACAGCUGGCGGCGCGGGGCCAUCCCGCCGGUGUCUCCCCCCACACACCCCGACCCCCCGCGGCUGCUGGCCGAGCCCCCCGCCCCGUGGCGAAUCCUGACGGCCGCCCGGAGUGGGGGGUGUGAUAAUGGCCAUCAGUUACCCGGGGCUUAUUUUAAGUGCCAGACACAAUGCUAAGCUUUUAAUGCGUUUCCUGGUGUCUCUAGGCAUGGCCUUGGUAGACUGUCCUCAGUCGACCGAGGAGGGAAGAACGCCGCGAGCAAGGGAGACAGACGCCGCGCAACAUUGGCAUUACAAGAUGGCCCAGCAUUGGAAUCAGCCGCUUCUCCAGGGUGCCUUGAGUCCUUUUACUGGAGGAGGGCAUUUAGACACCAGCUAACUGUGCUCAUUGUAACUGGGGUCUCAUUGCUUUUAGGCCCUGUUAGUGGACAGAGCCGAAAGUGUAUGUAUGCACAUAUCUGUAUUAACCCAUUUAUAUAAAUAUAGAAAUACACAUAUCUAUA